AUGUCUUCCGCAGACGUAGCCAAGACCUUCUCGCUGCCACCCACUUCGAACGUUGUGUCGAAGCUCUGCGUACUUUUGUCCACCUACCCCACGCUCGUGCCGACCUCGCAGGAUCUCUAUUACAAAUGGGAAGCCCUCUCUUUGUCCUUAGCUACACCUAGCAAGGCCGCUCCUGCGCUUGACGAGAGCGCUGUCGCCCUCUUGACUAGGAGUCUGAGCGAUGAGGAGCGUAGAGCUAGGGAAGCGACCUUCGGAGCAGCCAUCAAGGAUGCCAGGGGCAACCCAGGUGGGGUAACGCCUGCUCGAAGCGCUCAGAAAAGAGGUCUUGGUGGAAUGUAAGUGCCAUUGGAUCGAGAAGAUUCGCUCAGGCCAGCACCUUGUGGACUCACGCGUCCAUUCAUGCUCCGCAUUUAGGCUAGGCAUCUCGCCCUCUACACCGUCUCGAAGUGUCUUUGCCAGAAGCUCCAUACCUAAAGCUAGCUCGCCCUACCAAUCCACGCCUUCUCGCGCGCCGACCAAAGCAGGAGCUCAAAAUGGUCCCAAUUCUGCUGGCCCUCUGCCGGGCACCACCUCCCACGUGAUGCCUACAAAUGCAAACGCUCAGCUGAAAGCCUCGUUAAGCACCCUCGAAACUCUCAAUGCAAAUCUCGAGCUAGCGCCAAGUGGGCCUAGCUCCGCUGGACCUACACGCGUUGCUCUCGCUGUUGGAACAGAUCCAAAAGCGUGGAGCUACCGAUAUAUGUUCGAACGGCUGGGUAGCAAAGGCGAAGGUGAGUCCAGUCAAUCUCAAUCUGGCUCUGAACGACCCUUGCAAGUCAAGCUGACGGGCUGUCCCCAUCUUUUCGCAUCAGCUCUGGACGAUCGUAUCGAUGCCAUGGCAUCCAUCAUCCUAGAGACCUACGACCUCUCUGCCGACGAUAUAGCCGAUGCUGCACAAGCGUCUCAAGAUUCAGUCUACGUCAUUGGCCGUCUGGCACCAGCGCUUUCUGCUCCCGCUGGGACUGCUGUCGCGCAUUCGACAUCUGCUGCUCAUGAAGAAAUUUUGGCUGGUGCUCUGGACGGAGUUGAGGAGCAGAGCGAGCGCGGUUUCCCGAGGUUGACCAGCGGAAACGUGGUGCUUGAGUCGAGCAGACUAGUCGGAGCUGGAAGCAGGACUCCGCUCGUCUUCCCGUCCAGUUGUACAAUCAGGACAACACCUGGAUGCGACCCGAGGACAGAACCCAGAACCGGCGUCUUUCCUGGCAUGAUCGUGGGACUGUAUGGCAAGAAUGGAGGUGCUGGAAAAUUCGUGGUGGAAGAAAUUUUGCUGGUGAGUAAUACUGUACACGAUUUUCCAACGGACAUCUUGGCUCACAGCUGGGCACCGAACCGCUGGAAACUUCAGCCGCCCCCACUACCCCACGCUUCAACAUCGGCCGAGGAGCUACAGACGCACCAUCACGCCCCUGGCAGGAUGGCUUCUACUCCCCUUUCCAUCGUCGUUGCUUCGGGACCUUUCAGUAUUGAUUCCGACUUGCUCUUUGACCCGUGGCACCGACUGAUGGACAGCGUGGAGCAAAGCCGCCCGGACGUUCUUUUGCUUGUGAGUGCGCAGCUAAGUUGUGUAUGCUAGGGCGCAGAACCGGUACAAUGAGCAGGCAAACCAGUGCUGAUACGUUGCCCAAAUUGCUCUGCGGGCGAAAGUUGGGGCCGUUCAUACCAAUCAGCCACCCGGCAUUGACCGCACCGGGUCAGGAUCAACUUCCUGCGGACAUCUUCAAGCAGCACAUCUCUGCGCGCCUGGCUAGAUUGGAGCAGACCGCGCCAAGGACGACCGCCAUCCUCAUACCUUCUACCAAGGACGCUGUGACUGCUCAUGCAGCGUGGCCCCAGCCUAUGCUUGAUAAGAAAGACGCAAGUUUGGGAAUACCGAAAGUGAGUCGCGCUCGCCGGAAUGAGGCUGUCGUGACGCUUCCGCUAAACUUGUGUAUCGCCUCGACUCGACCUCAGCGUGUCAAAUGCUUGCCGAAUCCAAGCAUGUUCAGCGUCAAUGAGGUGGUGUUCGGCGUCACGACGGGCGACGUACUGAGAGAUCUUGGAAAGGAGGAGACUUGCGUUGACGUCCGGUUACCUUAUGCAGCACUAGAAGCAUUGAAAAGAAGCAAAGACGGUGACGCUGCUAGGGAAGAUCCACUCGCCAGGUCUUGUAGACACGUAUUGAGUCAGCGCAGGUGAGUCGCGGUGUCUGCUCGCAAGCGGCGUUCGGACAUCUCCCUAUCUCUAGGCUGAUCGUCGAGCUUGCCCCCACUCCAUGAUGAUGCAGCUUCUAUCCAAUCUUCCCAGCUUCCUGUGCGACAGGACAUCCCCUUGAUGUGACGCACAGUGCCUUGUCGCACUUCCAGACCAUCACUCCGGAUGUGCUGCUGCUGCCAUCCAUCAUGCGCCCCUUUGCGCGGGUCAUCGACUCUACAGUCAUUGUCAAUCCGGGAGCUUCCGCUCGAGGCAAGGCUAACAACAAUGCGACACAGUACGCAGCGUCUCCUGCUCCUCAGCCGCAGCAUCAAGCUCAAGGCUGUUUCGCAAGGUUCAGCAUUGCCCCAUUGUCCCAACAGGAAUUGCAACAGGCCGGAGAGGAUAGUGUUGGACAUCGCAUCUACGAGAGAGCAAGAGUGGACUUACUCCGCCUGUAG